AUGCUCAAGUAUGCCAGAGAAAAUUAUGCCAGCGAGAAGAUAGUUUACGAUUACCUGGACAUGGACGAGGACGUGUCGCCUUUUUUGAAGAAGUACGGUGCCUUCCAGCGGGUGUACUCCUUCAAGACUCUUCAAUGGUCCCAAGAUCUGUCGUGUGCUUUGCGAAACAUCGCAGCGCUGCUGGUGCCUGGUGGCGAGUGUCUCCUGUUCUUCUUUGCGAGAACCUUCUUGAUGGAGUCCUUCAAGCAGAUGAGCCUCCUGGAGCCUUGGUCAAAAUAUGCAGAUGUGCUUCUACGAGGCGUACCACCAAGCCACGACAUAAUCGACCAAAAGGGACAGCAUGCCUACCUGUCUGCCGCUAUCUCCUCGGCAGGACUCAUCCCCUACACCGCUGAAGUGCUGGUCAGUCCGCACAUAGCUGGAAUGCCAAAUGUCUCACAAGAAGGUGUUGCGUUGUACACGCCGUACUUGGAAUGA